AUGGCACAUAUCACAAAAUUUCUUAAUAAACUUCCUCCAGCAAACCAUAUAAUUGCUUAUGGCUCUACGAUUCUUAAAAAACCAGGGCAAGGUAUAGAUCCCAAUGCUCAAAUUGACCUGAUAAUCAGUGUAAAGGAUUCUUUGACUUGGCAUAAAGAGAAUAUGAAGGAAAACCCAUCAGAUUAUUCACAAAAAGCAUUAAAAUCUGGAGCUGAGUACUUAAUUUCAUCAGUAAAAAAAGCGGCUGGGAUUCAUUAUAAUCCACUUAUAGAAUUUGAAGGAAAAAAGUUUAAAUACGGAGUGUGCGAAAUUUACGAUCUUUGUCAGGAUUUACGGAACUGGGAUACUCUUUAUUUAGCGGGAAGGUUCCAAAAGCCAACCCUUGCAUUAGUAGAAGAUAAAUCAGUAAUAGAAGCACAAACUACUAAUUUAAAGUCAGCUCUAGCUUUUGCAGUCUUAACCCUUCCUUCUCUUACUACUGAAGAUAAACUUUAUGAGAAAAUAACCACAAUAUCUUAUAAAGGUGAUAGAAGGGUAGAAGACCCUAAUAAAAUAAGAAAUAUCGUUGAAGGAAAUAUGAAGGAAUUUAGGACAUUAUAUGAAAAAUAUAUAAAAGAUUUAGGAUUAAGCUUAGAAAACGGCGUCCUUGAGGUAAGGUUUAGGUAGAGGCAAUGAGAUAUCGAAAAAUUGAUAGAGAAGCUGCCUAAAUGAAUACAGGAGGAGAAUCCACAUUUAGUAUAUUUGGAAAACGAGACCAGAGAAGAAGCUUUAUUUAAUUCUGUAUCACAGAAAAAUGCGUAUUAUUCUAGUCAACAAAUAAAGCACGCAGUUAGGACAACUGGGCUCUUGAAAAUAAUCGAAUAUUCCUGGGCAAAAUUAAUGAAAGCAAUUAAAGGAAGAAGUAAUAAAAACAAAUAA